UACAUCUCGUGGCUGAUCUUCUUUUUCCUCUUCAUAGGUGUCCUCGCCCAGAUUUCUCUGUCAAUCUCAGCACCUGCUAUAGUGAAACCGUCUGAAAGUAUGAAAUCAACCUGCCAUGUAUCUGGUGUAUCAAUCACUGAUGGAAGUAAAAUGCACGCUGUCAAUAUUGUAAGGCAGUUUUCAGGAGGCAGAUUCGAAUUUCUGGCUCAUCUUAACAAUGCUCAAGGAACAGCAUACAAUCCAUCACUACAGAGCCGACUUUCUCUGUCGAGAGACACUGCCAAGAAUGAAGUGUAUCUGGAAUUUAGAAGUUUAGGAACAGAUGACACUGCAACAUAUUACUGUGCUGCUGAGACCCACAGUGUGCUAGGGGAAGCAGAUGGUUGCGCAAAUUGUGAAGAAAACAUGUCAGAACUUUACAUGUGA